GCGGAGGACUAUGACAUGGGGAUGAGCAACUGUGAGAGAGAAAGACCAAGAGAGGUGGGAGGGAGACGGCCAGCCAGGAAUUAACGGUUCGUCAAGGGGUCUGGACUGAAAACGUUACAAUGGGGAACAAUGACUGACGACAGAACGGGUUCUCUGCGUCCCGACUGUCUUUCUCUGCUUCGCCACCUUUGAAGCCGUGGACUAGAACUUUGUCUGGUCCCCACACUCCUACGGUCAUCUGAUGGCUUCUCAUCAAAACUUAGCAAAAAUACAGAAAAUGAGAACGUGAAGGCUGGCGUCCACCAAGGCCUCCGCUGCACCUUGGGCAGCGCACACACAUGAUCACAUGACUCUGGACAUGGACGCGGUCCUGUCAGACUUUGUUCGGUCCACAGGGGCAGAACCGGGUCUGGCAAGAGACCUGCUGGAAGGUAAAAACUGGGACCUCAGUGCUGCUCUAAGUGAUUACGAGGAGCUCAGGCAGGUCCACACUGCCAACCUGCCGCAGGUGUUCAACGAGGGCCGCUACUACAAACAGCCGGAGGCGCGUGACACACCAACUCUUGUUAGCAAGAUCGACAGGCCGUGUGCGCAGAAGCAGGAUGACAAUGCACAAGAGAAGCGUCUGUCCCGGGGGAUCUCCCACGCCAGCUCUGCCAUUGUCUCCCUGGCGAGGCUACAGGUGGCCAACGAGUGUACCAACGAGCAGUUCCCUCUUGAGAUGCCCAUCUACACAUUCCAGCUGCCAGACCUCAGCGUGUACAGCGAGGACUUCAGGACCUUCAUAGAGAGAGACCUGAUAGAGCAGUCCACCAUGAUGGCCCUGGAGCAAGCUGGUCGCCUAAACUGGUGGUCCACCAUGUGCACCAGCUGUAAGAAACUGCUUCCUCUGGCCACCACUGGGGACGGAAACUGCCUCCUCCAUGCUGCUUCUUUAGGAAUGUGGGGAUUCCAUGACAGAGACCUGAUGCUGAGGAAGUCCUUGUACACCAUGAUGAAGAGCGGAGCUGAGAGAGAUGCUCUUAAGAGGAGGUGGAGGUGGCAGCAAACCCAACAGAACAAGGAGUCCGGCCUGGUGUACACCGAGGAGGAGUGGGAGCGGGAGUGGAACGAGUUGCUCAAGUUGGCCUCCAGUGAGCCUCGCACGCAUCUCAGCAAAAACGGCAACACGAACGGAGGGGUGGAUAACUCAGAGGAUCCGGUCUAUGAGAGUCUAGAGGAGUUCCAUGUGUUUGUGCUGGCCCACGUGCUCCGCAGGCCGAUUGUCGUGGUGGCCGACACGAUGCUUAGAGACUCAGGAGGAGAAGCGUUUGCUCCCAUCCCGUUUGGUGGCCUCUACUUGCCUCUGGAGGUGCCUCCAAGCCGCUGUCACUGCUCCCCUCUGGUUUUGGCUUACGAUCAGGCGCACUUCUCCGCCCUGGUGUCCAUGGAACAGAGGGACCAGCAGCGAGAGCAAGCUGUUAUCCCGCUGACCGACUCGGAGCACAAGCUGCUGGCCCUCCAUUUCGCCAUGGACCCUGGCAGGGACUGGGAGUGGGGCAGGGACGACAACGAUAAUACCAAGCUAGCCAAUCUUAUCUUGUCUCUGGAGGCCAAACUCAACCUCUUGCACAACUACAUGAAUGUAACGUGGAUCCGAAUUCCAUCUGAAACAAGGGCUCCCCUGGCUCAGCCUGAGUCUCCGACCGCGUCUGCAGGCGAAGACGUGCAGUCUCUGGCCGAGUCCAUGGACUCUGACCGCGAGUCCGUUGGCAGCAACUCCAACGUCAACACCGGCAAGGCCAGCAAGGACAAGGACAAAGACAAGCAGCGCAAAGACAAAGACAAGAACAGGGCCGAUUCUGUAGCCAACAAGCUAGGUAGCUUUAGCAAAACACUGGGAAUCAAGCUAAAGAAGAACAUGGGGGGUUUGGGGGGUCUUGUGCACGGCAAAAUGAACAAAUCCAACUCUGGCUCAGGUCGAAGCGGGGAGAACGGAGCGGAAAAGGCAAAAAAGAAGGACUCAAAGACAACCAAAGGGAGCAAGGACGAGUCGGGCCAGUCGGCCAGCUCUACAUCAUCGGAGAAGGCCACAAGCCCCUCCCCUACAGAUAGAGAUAAACCCGCUAGCUCCUCCCCCACGGACAGAACGGACAGUACAGGCAGGGUCUCGGGGGACAAGAGCCUUGAAAACUGGAAAUACAGCACGGACGUCAAGCUCAGCCUCAACAUCCUGCGAGCCGCCAUGCAGGGAGAGCGCAAGUUCAUCUUUGCGGGCCUCCUCCUCACCAGCCACCGACACCAAUUCCACGAGGAGAUGAUUAGCUACUACCUGACCAACGCCCAGGAGCGCUUCAGCCAGGAGCAGGAACAGAAGAGGAAGGAGGCGGAGAAGAAGCCCCCCGCCCCCAGCGAGGUGGCUGCCAAGAAGCCCGAGCAUGAGAGCGUCUUCCAGAGGGAGCGAUCGGACAGCUCACCCCCAGAGAGCUGCUCUCCUGUCCUGGCCCACCACACCUACACCUCGCAGCCCCCCGUGGGGCUCAAGAUGCAAGGCAGGAACAGUCCCACCCCUGCAGCCCCUCAUGUCUCUUUCCCAGUCCCUCCACUCACCCCACCGAUAUCCUCCCACCACGUCCCCCACCCCGCUCCCGCGCCUUACUCGUCCCCCAGUUUUGGUGCUAAGAGACCUGGGCCCGUCCCUGUGUCCGCCCACUACAGCCAUACCCCCCCCAUCCAGAGGCACAGUGUGAUCCACCUACAAGAUGUCAACAUGCAGCCCUCCAUCUUCCAAGACCCCUACAAACCCGUGGUGGGCACCCUCAAAACGUGCGCCACUUACCCGCAGCAAAACCGCACUCUGUCGUCGCAGAGCUACAGCCCCGCUCGCUUGUCGGGCGUGCGCACCACCAACACCCUGGAAACCCUGUCUUACAACAUGCCCGCCGAACACAAGUCCCACACGUACACUAACGGCUUCAACGCGGGAGACAUUCAAGACUGCCUGGAGUUCGCCGACGAGGACAACUCGUCUCACACGUGGCUCAACCAAGACAAAACCAAAGGGCGGAGCUCUGGAAGCCCUUUGUACUGCUUUCAGCAGCGCCGCUGCAAGAGGGACAACUGCUCCUUCUACGGGAGGCCCGAAACGGACAACUAUUGCUCCUACUGCUACAGGGAGGAGCUGAAACGCAGGGAGAGGGAGGCCAAAGUGCAGAGGCCCGCAUAGCCAUCACCACCCCUUUGCAUCCACAACAACACCAUGGCAAACCUUUGACUUGUUUUGUUAAAGAAUGCUCUUGUAUUCCUUGUGAGGCAAGAUGAGGGAAGCAGACACGGUGAGCAGCUUUGGCCACAUAUUAUUGUGCUUUUCUUUUUUUAAAUUUCAUUUAGUCUUUUACUUGUUUUAGAGUAAAAGUCAUCUCUUUGUGAUGUCGUAAGGGAAAGCUUUUCUUUUUUCAUUGUAGAAAAGAUUUCAGUCUCACCAAGCAUUUGAAGCUAAUCAGUUUGAAUGCAAUACCUCUGCUCACGUCUUCAAAUUUCCAGUUGUUUUUGCAAUCAAAGGAAAGUGGAAGGGGAGAGCAUUAUUCACCUCGAAAGCAAUAAAUUGGUGAUUUCCUGCUACACUCUCUCCCAAUUUUGUCUAUGCACCAACAAUAUAUAGAUACUGUAGGUUAACUGUGUCCUGUAAAUUGUCAAAAAUUGUCACAGUGGGAGCUAAUUUCAACUACAGGAAUUCCAAUGUAUACGCAAUAUAGGUCAAUGUUGGGUUAGGUUACCAUGUGACAUUUGUUGAGUGUAUCUCUGUUCUGCGAUGGAGUCACAAUUAGACUCCCAAAAGUGGCUUUUUUUCCAAGAAUUUCCUGUGCCAAACACUGAACAAUGGAGCUCUUCUCAAAUAUGCAGUGUUCGUGGUGUGUCCCUCUCAGUUGCCUGUUAAAUAAUCCUAAUUGGUCAAUGUCUUAGCUGAGAAGAAUUGUGGGUAGUAAGAGCAAGAGCCGAUGCGUAUUUGUCCGAAGUGUGAUUUCUACGUGUCCGCCCCUGUAGGCCCGCCCACCCGUCUGUCUCUCACGCGCCUCGCAGUCAUGCUUUCACUAAACGUUCCUGUCCAGUUUGGCAGUGUGCGUCCUUUCGUCCACAUGUUUUCAAGAAGCACCUGCUGCUAUCAGAGCACCUCAAGCCUUUUGUGAUCAUCAGUGCUUUAACCAAUCAGUGGGCCUCCAAGUGCUUUCUGCUCAUUUGAACAUGACGACUGUAAAGAAGACGUGUUUGUGUUGCCGUUUGUUCUGGUGAUGCUGUUUGCUGAUAACAAUGUACCAUGCUGUCCUUAACAAAAGUGUGUCCUGGCCAAGGAUGUCCACUGAGGUUCGCUUCUGUCUCUCCUGUCCACACUGCGUUGUCGCUCCUUCUCCUCCUCUUUGUUUCCCGCCCAAGCCCCUUCUUGGACGCCCACCAUGUUAGGACUGUAAGAUAUGAUUUUGUAUUCCUUUAAGACUUUUACACAACUUUAAAUUAUUGAUUUGCACAUUAGGUACAGAUGUAUAUAUGAAAAAAAUAAUAGUUUAUU